CCGCGGGCCCGGGCCAUGGCGAUAGACCGGCGGCGCGAGGCGGCGGGCGGCGGGCCCGGGCGGCAGCUGCCCCCGACCGAGGAGAACGGCUCCCUGCCGCCGGGAGACGCGGCGGCCUCGGCGCCCCUCGGGGGGCGCGCGGGCUCUGGCGGCGGCGGCGGCGCGGAGAUCCAGCCGCUGCCCCCGCUGCCUCCCGGUGCUGGCGGCGCGCACCCGGGCUGCUGCUCGGCGGCGGCGGCCCCGAGUCUGCUGCUGCUGGACUACGACGGGUCGGUGCUGCCCUUCCUCGGCGGCCUGGGCGGCGGCUACCAGAGGACCCUCGUGCUGCUCACCUGGGUCCCCGCGUUGUUCAUCGGCUUCACCCAGUUCUCGGACUCGUUCCUCCUGGACCAGCCCAACUUCUGGUGCCGCGGGGCCGGCAAGGGCUCCGAGCUGGCGGGGGCCGCGGCUGGCGGCCGCUGGGGCGACCUGGGCAACUGGACCAGCCCCGCGCCCACCACCUUCUCUACUGGGGCCUGGGGGGCGACGGGCAACGGCAGCGACCCCGGCGGCGACACGCCGCCCCUGCCGUCCCCUCCGGACAAGGCGGACAACGCCUCCAAUUGCGACUGCCACGCGUGGGACUACGGCAUCCGCACCGGCCUCGCCCAGAACGUGGUCAGCAAGUGGGAUCUUGUGUGUGAUAAUGCCUGGAAGGUCCAUAUCGCUAAGUUCUCCUUACUGGUUGGAUUAAUCUUUGGCUACCUAAUAACUGGAUGCAUUGCUGACUGGGUUGGCCGGCGGCCGGUGCUCCUGUUUUCCAUCAUCUUCAUUCUGAUUUUUGGACUGACUGUGGCACUGUCAGUGAACGUGACCAUGUUCAGCACACUCAGGUUCUUUGAAGGAUUUUGCCUGGCUGGAAUAAUUCUCACCUUGUAUGCAUUACGAAUAGAGCUGUGUCCCCCGGGAAGACGGUUCAUGGUCACCAUGGUGGCGAGCUUCGUGGCCAUGGCGGGCCAGUUUCUCAUGCCCGGGCUGGCCGCCCUGUGCCGGGACUGGCAGGUGCUGCAGGCUCUCAUCAUCUGCCCCUUCCUGCUCAUGCUGCUCUACUGGUCGAUAUUCCCCGAGUCUCUCCGGUGGCUGAUGGCCACGCAGCAGUUUGAGGCUGCAAAGAAGCUGAUCCUGCACUUCACCCAGAAGAACUGCAUGAGCCCGGAGAGCGACAUCAAGGGCGUGAUGCCCGAGCUGGAGAAGGAGCUGUCCCGGCGGCCCAAGAAGGUGUGCAUCGUGAAGGUGGUGGGGACCCGGAACCUGUGGAAGAACAUCGUGGUCCUGUGUGUGAACUCGCUCACGGGGUUCGGCAUCCACCACUGCUUUGCCAGGAGCAUGAUGGGCCAUGAGGUGAAGGUGCCACUGUUGGAGAACUUCUACGCCGACUACUACACCAUGGCCAGCAUCGCGCUGGCCUCCUGCCUGGCCAUGUGUGUGGUGGUCAGGUUCCUGGGGCGCCGGGGAGGGCUGCUCCUCUUCAUGAUCCUCACGGCCCUGGCCUCGCUCCUGCAGCUCGGGCUCCUGAACCUGAUCGGAAAAUACAGCCAGCACCCGGACUCAGAACUGCAGCUGAAGUUGGCCGUAGGGAUGAGUGACAGCGUCAAGGACAAGUUCUCCAUUGCCUUCUCCAUCGUGGGCAUGUUCGCCUCGCACGCGGUGGGAAGCCUUAGCGUGUUCUUCUGUGCGGAGAUCACGCCCACCGUGAUAAGGUGCGGCGGGCUGGGGCUGGUGCUGGCCAGCGCGGGCUUCGGCAUGCUGACGGCGCCCAUCAUCGAGCUGCACAACCAGAAAGGCUACUUCCUGCACCACAUCAUCUUCGCCUGCUGCACGCUCAUCUGCAUCAUCUGCAUCCUGCUGCUGCCCGAGAGCAGGGACCAGAACCUGCCCGAGAACAUCUCCAACGGGGAGCACUACACGCGGCAGCCCCUGCUGCCCCACCGGAAGGGGGAGCAGCCGCUGCUGCUCACCAACGCCGAGCUCAAGGACUACUCGGGCCUCCACGACGCGGCGGCGGUGGGCGACGGGCUGCCCGAGGGCGCCACGGCCAACGGCAUGAAGUCCAUGUAGCGGGUGCCCCACCGUCCCCGCGGGGGAGCUGAGGGGUGGGGGAGAGGGUCGCGGGCCGGGGCCGGGGCCGGGGCCAUCCGCAUCCGCUGCUGCCCCAUCGUGAGACUUCACUGGUGUGGGGAAUCCUGUCUUUCCGCGAGUCCCCGGAGGAAACGACUCUUUGGAAACAACCCUUCGAAGACUUCUUUUCUGCCAUUAAACGUUUGUAUUUAUUUUGGUCAUUUUUACCAAGAAGCACUUUAUUCUUUCUCUGAUCAGAAAACCGGACCCUUCUCCCCACCUCUGGCCACUCCAAGGCACACAGUCCCGAGUGACCGACGCAGCGGCCGCUCCCCUGCGGCUCCUCGCCCGCCCGUGGACAGUCGCGACCCUCCCGCGGAGCGUUUCCAGGACUGCGAUUCAGAGUGACCUGCACCCGAGGGGACUGGCGGCUGCAGCUUCCGCUGAGGCCGGAGUUCCUGUCGCCCCUGCCUGGGGAAGCAGCGCCAUCUCUCCCCGGCGCAGCCCCUCUUGGACCUGAUGCCGGAAGCUCUCUGGGAGACGGUCAGACCUCUCACCAGAAACCGCUAGCUGGGGAGCGGGGGUGGCGCCAGGUCUGCAUGGCCGAGGACCCCAGAGGCAGCCCCACGGAGGUCUGCGGCACAUUCGUUUUUGUAAAACUCCCUCCCGGCGUCAGUCAGCCCAGGAGAGAGGCGCCCUCCUUCGCCGUCAGGUCUGUCUGUCUUGCCAGCACUACUUGAAGAUGGGGCUUCUUUCUGAACCAGACAACAGGAAAGUAACUGGAAAAGGCCACCACAGCCGAGCACAGCAGGGAGGGCGGCCUCCCGGAGCCGGCGCGCCGUGCCCAUCCCCAGCACACACCACGGCGAUCCGGCCUGGAUGCUGGCACGCGCCGACCUCACGCCGGGGCCCGCAGCGCCUGCACCAGGUGCUCCCUGGCACGCCCGCCAUCGUCCGUUGCUGCUUUUCACUUGCUCAGCACAGCUGGGGGCUCAGCAGGCGCGAGUCCUGGUGACCUCCGGCCUCUCGGGCACAGCAAGAGGACUCUGGAGAAAGCAAUAACUCACCCCAGCCCAGCCCUGCUCGCAGGGGCUGCGUGGUGUCCUCGUUUCGUCCCGCACAGCGAAGUGACAAGUCCCUCUUGUCACCUCGGGAGGAGAUGUGGCCGCCCAGGCCUCUGCCAGCCCCACCUCCUGGGCCCAGGCUGCACCUGCCGAGUCUCAGGCACCAGCCCUUCCGGACAGCCUGGCUCCUGCCCAGAGCCAUCCACCUCGCCCCUGCGCAAGGCACUUCUUUGCAGGGCCCGUGCUCUGCCAGGAAGGCGUGGACUCCGGCCUCUGCAGGCCUUCAUGCGGCUUCCAGCCAAGGGCUGCUGGAGCUCCGAGGGCCAGCGAGGGGUCGGCUUUCUCUCCUUGUAGCUUGCCACGUGCCCACCUCUCCGUCACGUCUGGCAAAUCCAGCAGCAGGAGCCUGCCGCCUCGGAAGACACCGAGUGGGCGAGGGGCCGUGCAGCCUCGCGCUGCCAGCACACGGCAGCACCGUCAGGCGCUGCCUGGGGGCUGCAGAGGCCCGCGAGUGCCUGGCCAGUCGCCCACUCCCACUUCCAGGUCCAGCUCACCUUCACCUCCCCGAGUCUCCUCCCCUAAGUCGCUUUUGUUCCACGUUUCUAUGUCAGUCCUCGUUCACUUUUAGAUCUGCACAGCCUUCGCGUGCCAAACCUAGAUCUUUACCUUCUUUAGGGUACAUGCUACGUCGUCACCGGGCAGCAAACCUCUAAGGACAGGACAGAUGCAGUGGCCCGGCCAGGAGCCAGGGCGUUGCUGGGUCUACACCUGGACAGGUGUGCACCUGCACUCGCUAUCCCCUGAGGACACCCUGCAAUACUACAGAAGUCGCGAGCAGCCUCACCCCGGUCACGGGGCCUUUAAGUGGAAGUGGCCGCGGUGCCAGCAGUCCCAGGAAGGCGAGGACAAGGUGUGGCAUCUAUAUGCUUCUCAGCUCGCCCUACAAGAACACUGGCCCAACGACGACCGUGCAAAUCCAUCAGCCUCCAGGACCGGGCCGGCCGCGGCUGGGGCACUUGGCUCUUGGCAACGAAGCCUGCUGCGCUGGAGGCCCCCGGAGUCCGCGCCAAGGCAGCCCUGGGCAGCGGCCAAGCGCCCGUUCCACUGCUGCGGCAGCUCGGGGGACACCUGAAGCUCUUGAGGGACACCUUUACGACAUGCAACCAAAGUGUAACAGCCCCGCUGUGGGCAGAGCCCCAGGAGGCAGCAGGUGCACCUGGCUGCAGCGCCCCACCCCCACCCCCAGGCACAUCUGCUGCCCUUGAGCGCCUCGGUCCUGUGUCGUCCUCGGUGAGGACACUUCUCAGGCCCCUGCCCCACCCCAGGGGACAGGGGGAGGUACGGACUCCCCGCUGUGCUCCCGCCACAGCCCCUGCCAGCCGGUCGGGGAGCUGUGAUCCCCUUCCUACAGAAGUUAUGCACCCACGCGAACCCGAGACGGAGCUGGACGUGUCUUCGUUUUGUUCGUUUCCAGAUGUCAAUAGUAACCCGUCAGUGCUCCAACUGUUAGCGCCCAAGACGGAAGGGAACCUUCUCCAUGUGUCCCAGUAGCGUCAUCUCCUGCACCUGGAGAACCGGGCGGGGAGGCUGGUGUGGCCAGAGGACAGCGCGAGUCCUUGCACGACAGCCUCGGCCGGGGCGCCGCCCUCCCGCGCUGCUAUCCUAGAGCCAAACGAGAAGCCCCAGAGCCGGCAGUGCCGCUGGGCGAGCCCUGUGACCGUCGCACUGCCCGGCCUGGGGAGGCCCUCGCUUCCACGCGUGUUUCCAAGGACACCGCCUCACUGACGCACAGCGUGUGCGUCUGGGUGGGGCCGCUUCCCGCCCUCGGCCCUCUGCACCCCGCCUGGGGGAGGGUCCAGUGUAAGAGCCGUGUUGCUGUCUUGUUGAUGGGGACUCCUUGGGCGGUGCCCGUACAUAGCACAAGCUUACCCUGCGUUUCUGGGCUGUCGUCCGCAGCCACGUGUGUCUGCAUGGUGCCGCUGUCGUACCUUGGGGAAACUUUGUAUGUGUGUGUACAGAAAUAAAAGCGUUGCCCAGUAACAGGUUUCCUCUGGAAUGUCUUCCCUACCUCACCUGAUGGUGUCUGAUGACGGGCACCUGGCACCGCCGCGGCCGAGGAACAAACGCGCUCCGUGGUUCAGCCCCCGCGGCGUCACUGUUUCCCCCGCCUGUGCACGCGGCCUUCCUCGCCCCGGCGGGGACAGUGGGGGCCCCUCUCUGCUCAGAGUCCUGGUCUUCAAGGGGACUCGGGCAGAGGUCGGAGCAGGCCGCUCUCCAGGGCAGCCUCAGACCACCCGGGGUCAGUGACUGGAAGAGGACUCUCUGCUCGUGUCCUGCUAGCCAUGGCCUGAGGGCUCCUGGAGGUCAAGGAAUGAGUGUCUCACACUGUGACUGGAGGAAAGACUGACAACCCAAACUCUCUCUAAUGUAGUAUUUUUUAACAAGAAAACUAUUUCUUUAAUAAAGUAUUUAUACCAAACUCCUCA